AUGAUCUCCUUGGAUUGUGGGUCAUUUUGGGUUGCACAAACAGCAGAUGGCUUAGAUGCUGAUCUUUGGAAAGAUGGAUUGUUCAAAUCCAAGGUCACACGAUAUUUGUGCUUCACGCGGACUUUCUCCAAAGAGAACAGUCACUUAGGUAAUGUCUUGGUUGACAUGAAACUCAUAGAUGUAAAAGAUACUUUGCCUGUCGGCUUCAUCCCAAUUCAAGAAACUAUGGAUACACAAGAAACUGCUUUUCGGAAAAAGAGGUUGUGCAUUAAAUUUAUUCCCCGGGAUUCUACAGAGGCCGCCAUUUGUGAUAUCCGCAUCCUUGGCCGAGGCAAACAAACUCUUCCACAGUUUACGUACAUUGGGGAAUUGAACAACAUGGGGAUCUGGUAUCGAAUGGGGAAGGUCCCACGGAACCACGAAUCAUCUCAGCCUACCACACCUUCUCCACAAGCACCAGCCACCACGCCAGCUGCCAACCUUCCCAGACAUAUAUCGUUGACGCUUCCCGCCAGUUUCCGAGGGAAGGGGAAUGGCACUCGGCCAGAUUUUGAAUAUCAGCACUCCAAUUUAUAUGCCAUUUCAGCUAUGGAAGGCGUGCCUUUUAUGAUCUCAGAGAAGUUUGCCUGUGCUUCCGAAGGGAUGCAGCCUGUUGACCUCUUGGGAAUCACAAUUAAAUCUUUGGCUGAAAUUGAAAAAGAGUAUGACUACAGCUUCCGGACGGAGCAGAGUGCUGCGGCUAGACUGCCUCCCAGCCCCACAAGAUGCCAGCAGUAGCCACCCUCCUGAAGUCUCUCAACUCCUUGGAGUAUAACGCACACAUGUACUACUGAGAAGCGAAAGGAUUUUUCGCCCUCCUCCUCUUCCUCCUUCUCCUCCUUUUCCUCCUCCUCCUUUUCCUCCUCCUCCUGCUUUGUAACCUUUCCACCCAACCCUUCCCAUCCCUGACAAGCAGUAUUAAUGGAGGCCCUUCCAGCAAAAGACACACAAAGCCUUGAUUUUGUUUUUGCGUUCUGCAUCGCUUCCCUCCCUCUUCCUAAAUUCAAAAUAACUGGAUAGCAUUUCUUUCCCUCUUUUUUUUUUUUUUUUUACAUCGACUUGUCCUUGCUGGUUUGCAAAUCUUGACUCAGAUCCUUGAAUCCCUUUGGACAAACAGUCCUAAACCUGAAAGAUUCCCCCGGGAUCAUCCAGCCUUCAGGACUGAAGAGACCUAGAUUUCCGUGGGCGGGGGGAGGGGACUUCUGUCUGUCCACGUUUAUUUAUUGUGGUUUUUGUGGGUGAGAUUUGAUCCUUGAUUCCCUCUGAAGAGCUGCCCCAACUCAGCUGACGUGUCUUCUACUAAACUCUGGUCGACUUUUUCUUAAACCAGAAGCAUAUCUUUUUUCUUUUUAAAAAAAAGCUGUCAUCUGGCUUUAUCUGGCGUUCCUCAGCUGACCAGAGCUAUGAAGAUCCAUCCUGUAUCUCACCACCGGUGUCACUUUUCUUCAGCACCGGUUUCUAAAGGAGUUUCGGGUUGCUUCUACUACGCAACGCACGCCAUCCUCUGCAGUUUUGGAAGCCGCUUAAAAUGUAUUGUCUGAACUGGACGUCCUGUUUUGGGGAAAUUCUCUUCCCCGGGUUGAUGAUCAAAGCCAUCUUUUUCAUCAAUGGGCAACUUCAUUUCUGAGCAUUUAAAAAAACAACAACACGUGAUUUAUAUCUGAUCGUUUUUGCAAAACAAGAGUUUAGUCUGGCCUGGGAAGAUCUGAGGAAUCUCCCGGUGGCUUUAUGCACAAGCUUUGAAUCCUUCAAUUCAGCAACCUGUCCGUCUAAUUGGGACGCUUAAGGUGAAACCGAGCACAAUGUGUUUUCUUCUGAAGAAGUUGGAAAAAGAAACCCAAGACAUUGAUUCAUAAUGAGGCCAGUCUAAGUUCCAGCCCCAUGAACUCCAAAUAUACACCCUGAUGCAACUAGUCCACUGAAGCUUAAAUUAUUUGGGGAAACCUGUGUGAACGUCCAUGCUGCACUUUUUUUUCUGUGUGUGAUUUUGGUGCCAGAGAACAAAUGCUAUGUUACACAGACAAAAAAAGAGAGAGAACAGAUCCUUCCUUCCCCUUUUCAAUGAUUUCUUCGAUUAAAAAAUAGCAACCACAGGUGGAAAAGCUUCCAGCAUGUCACAUGUAAAUAAAUACUAAUUCUCUAAUGGUAUUAAAGAUGGAAUUGCCCUGGUUAUGGACCCCCAACUGCUCCCGAGGUUAGUUUCGCUUAUUCUGGAGUAUUUUGAUCAUAGCAAAGAGGGGUAGUUGCACUGCAUAAAAUGCAUAUGCCUUCCCAAUCCUUCUUCCGGAAGUUUUAUCAAUUGCAUUUUUCAAGAAAAAGCUAACCUAGGUUUCUGGGAAAUUGGAACUGCAGCCGUCCAACCUUUCUACCUUUCUCUUAGCAAUUUAUGCCUUGAUUUCUGUACCAUCUUUUUUUGGUUUUGCCAAAGCUUUUUCAGUUCUUACAGUCUGUUGCCAACCACCAAACUGCCUUUCUCUGCCCCAGAGGAAAUCCAUGAAGGCAUUAAAUAGGUAAGAGGUCCCAGCAGUGAAGACUAAUGUUUUAGGCAGUUCCUGGAGGUAUUUUGGAAACUGAUAAGGUAAAACUGAGGCUGUGAUUUGAUCUCGAUUAAGUCUUGAAGUGAGGCAUUAGGAAACCAUCUCAAGAAAAAGAGAUCUGAGAUUAAAACAGAGUUUAAAAGUAUUUUCCGGUUAACAGAGUGGAAAGACAGCUAAAUUUGAUGACCGGAGAAUGUGAAUUGAAUCUGGUUGAGGAAUGCGACCAAAUUUGAAAAGUCAGGCAAAAUGAAAUUGGUUUGGAAAGCCAUUCUUAUUUAUUUUAUAAUCUAGAUUGUUAAAAUGUCUUCUCAUCUUUGGAUCCUGGAAGGUGUGUGGAAGCACUUCAGUCCUACAUAGGUGUUUUUUUUAAUCCCCUCAAGCAGAACUUCUUAAUUUCUGCUUCCUUCUGUGGCCUUCAAAACUUGGGAAGGAGUUCCCAGCAAGAACCUGUGUUCGGAGCAAUGCAGAAGUCCCACCUCUGCAUCACGUCUUCUUAACAGCUGUGUGAAGAAGGGAUCUUGGCCUAGUUCAUUUUGGCUGAAUUAUUCUGUCUCGCUAGAUGGUUUCCUUCCAUAAGGAGGAGGCCAUAAGGUAGCAAAGAGAUUUCCUUGCUUCCAAUUUUGUAGAAAUACCGCUGGGCAAAUUGAAACGAAUCUGAAUUCAUCCUCUCUCUGACUUUGGAUUCAAAGCAAUGCCCUGUGUGCUUAGAAAAGGUAGAAAGGGGAGGAAGUCACCAUCAGCCCAUUGCAUGGAUUCCCCAAGAGGAAAAUUGCUUCCUGUAAGGGGGGGAAAAUUAACCCAACCAAUGCACCAGGACGUAAAAGGAACCAAAAUGGCACCUUCUAUUUUGCAAUGCUCUGAAGAACCAACGAAGCAGCUUUGAACUCAAGGUUACAAUUGCACCAGAAUUGCACCACAGGCAGAAGGGAGUCCUUGUUUGCAAUUGGUACCUUUCAAUAUUCUGGUGCAGGGUUUGAAUUCUUUCCUCCCUCUCUCCCUCCCCUUAAUCUGGUGAGAAGACAAACAAAACAUCUUCUGUCAAAUUCUGAUGAAGUUCUAACAUUCCUGUCCACUUCCAUCCAACCAUUCUUUGGAUGGCUGCUUCUCCUCCCCUACUCAUCCGAUGGAUAGAAUGCAAUUUAGCUGUUUCUUCUUUCUUUUUUUACAGAGGAAUGCUUACUACCAGGGUUAUUAUCACUGCAUCCUCUUUAAAAAUAUAAAUAUAGGCUAUUCUCCUGGCGUUAUCAUGAAGCGCAUAUUCUUCUAUAACACCAGCCAUUUUUAACAUGGUAUUCGGCCUCCCAAUCAUACUGACAGAUCAGUGUUUAUUUCUGUAUUUGGGAUGUAUGCGUAUAAUGCCAGUCUGUAGAAUUUUAUGUUGUACCCACCCCUUUCCCAUAUAUUUCUCUCUAGAUAAUGCAGAUACGAGCCUCUCAUUCCCUGGAGAGAUUGGUAGCCUCAGACAAGUGAAAUCAGCUUCAAAAGAAAGGCUUUUGUUCCCCUACCUCCACCCUAUGAAAGGAAGGCGAAGUUUUUACACAGCAUCCUUGCUUCUGCUCACAGUCAGAAAUGGUGGAAGGCAGGAAGCAGAAUUGGUAGGUGUCCAGUCAACUAGGCCGAAUUUGAUUCUGAGUCCAGAGGGAAAAAGGGGGAUUAGAGAACUCAUCCUCCUUCUCUUCGCACUGGAAAAAUUACAUGUAAAUGAAUCUCUCUUUUUAAUUCCCCCAAUGUUGGUCUUUUAAAAUCAACAGUCAUCGGGAGUUUCUGUUGCUCUUAACAGCAUCUUUGAUGGAUUUUGUUGACUUUGGACCAGCUCUCCUUGUCCUUCCUUAGCAGUUGGCAAGAGUUGAUGGCUCAUGAAGAGUUUGAAGUCCAUCAAUGAGUGGCAAGAAACAGAUUCACUUCUCCUUCCUAAUAGAGGCUGGUGGUGUGGUGUUGUUUUGACAACCCAACACUGAAGAGCUUUUCUUUCAAGCAGGGUAAUCUUUCCUGGCAUAGACUUUGUCCAUGACAGAGCAGUUGUGCAUCACAGGUAACAGUUGCAGGCGUAGGGAUUUCUUUUGUUGACUCCUCCACACAAUCCCAUCGUUAUCAAUGGAUGCAACUUGUAUAACUGUGUUAUUCCAUUCAUCACCACUGAGGGGAGACAGAGAUCUUUCCUUGGAAACCUGAUUGUCCAUUUGUGCAGCUUUUGUCUGGGUUUUAUAUUCACACAGAUGGAAUAUUUGUGUGAGCACACACACACAAACACACACACACUGUUGGGAGUCUGCGUUGCACAAAUGAAACGUGGGUGUCUUAUUUUCUGUCCCUCCCCCCCCCCCAAAAAAACAGAACAAAAACAGUGUUAACGAUUGGGGAAAUCCGUGAGACUCCCUUAAACGGGUGUUUUAAGAGAGUGGUUAAUGGUCACAACACACACACACACACACUGACAAAUUUAAGCCAGCUGGUUGGUUCAAAAUAGGUUACAUUUGUGGUGUGUUUGUGUGUGUGUUUUUGUAUGUGUGUGUGUGUGUGUGUGUGUGUGAAGUGCAUUAAGUAUUUGUUGUGUGAAACUAUAUUUUGAAAGAGUUGGUUGUUUAGGCUAAAGGCUGUAGGUUUUGCCUUUUAAGGAAAUAAAAUGAGACUAAUACAACAUCAGAUGAAACGCGUGGAAUACAACAUCCCUUUCUGAGCUAUUUGCUCCAAAAACAAGUGUGUUUGUUAAGCAGCUGGGCAUUUAAAAAAAAAAACUCUCUGUGUGUGUAGGUAUGAAUGUAAUAUUCUUUUUCUUAAAAGAUGCUAUGCAUUUUCUUCGUGAUGGGACAUAGAAAGUGGAUUAAAUGUGCUCAUUAAUUCUAUUAAAAUUACCCUUUCAUAUUUAUUUUAGAUGGCCUACUUUGUGUUUUACAAAGGGAAGCUCCUGUCUUGAGAGUUUAGUCUGUAUUCUUAAUAUAAUUUGUUGAAUAAAAUUUUUUUAACCA